AUGAAAAUUGAAAAUGGUGGAUUAGCAUUUUAUUAUGUUUUCUAUAUAUACAUGGCUUAACAACUCGAAAUUUGUAAAAUUAUAUGCUAUAAAUAAAUUUUAAAUGAAAUUUUAUCCAAUAGCCUGACUUUUUGGGAUAAAAUUAGUGUAGUUUCAUUCAAGUUCGCAUUAAAAAUCACUCUUUAAAUUACUAAUAUUUACAAUAGCAGAGCAAGACAGAACUUAUAAUGGCGAAAGUCGAACAACCUAUAUUCAUCCUGCCAAAAAAACGAAAUGGAAAGAAGCCAAAUGCGAUCGCCGGACACGUUGAUCAUAUAAUCACGGUGCAGGGAGCUGUAGAUAAUGAAUUGCCUUCGAAAUACAAAAAUGGACUUUCACCGGUUUCUGAGCAUGUAGUUAAUGGAAUUAUUCAUUCUACAAUGGAAGGUCUCAAAUCGAAUAUGAAAAUCAAUCUUCCAAUCAUUAAUGAUGUUAAUGAUGAAGAAAUGGCUGAAAGUCAAUUACAGUCGGAUCAUCAAAAGCCUCUGAGCUUACAGAAGAAUGGUUACCAACCCCUGUCAACAAUUAACAGCAGCCGUGAAAUUAUUGACUUAUCACCAAUUUACGAGAAUUCAUCAGAUGCAUGCUCCAGCCAUGGUGACUUGAAAGAAAUAAAUGAUAAUGAUAUUCAAAGAAGUUGCAGAAUUUUAAAUUCAGAAUACAAUGAGAGCUCUUGUGCCACUCCAAACAGCUUAUCGCAAACACAGUCUGAAAACAGCUUUGAAAUGGGCCCGCUGACAGACAGUCUUAAAAACAGUGCUAAAAGGAGGAAACGUGUUAAUAUUGUGCCUGGUAUUGUAGAAACUGACAAUACAGACACAGAAAUCACAGCACUAAGAGUAGAGUCAGAAGGAUCAAUAUCCCCGGAAUUUUCUUUGUCGGAGAGUAAAGACUGCUAUUUGACCAUGACGGGCACUAUUAAGAGGGGAAAAAAGAAGGGACAGAAUGUUGAUGUCAAAUUAAACAUAUCAAGAGAGGAGUUAGAAAUAAUUGAAGCAUCAAUUGUUGCAGAGGAGUAUAACAAAAUGGAUGUUUCAAAAUGUACCUUGUAUAAUGGGCCGCAUAUAUUUUUAUUCAGUCUUCUCUGCAUUCCGUUUGUUGCUUUCAUAUCAUCAAUGUAUUCAUUCUAUAUGGGUACCAUGGCUUGGUAUAAUAUAUUUACACAUGUUACAGAGGAUUUAAGUUGUAUCAAAAAAGUGUUUUUGGCACCAAUAGUAAUACUAUCUUAUCCAUUUCUGAUAGUAUUAUUUACCAUUGGUCUUGGGCUAUAUGCUGGUAUUGCACAACUUACAUUCAGCGGUGCUAACUGGUGGAAGGAUGUAUGUGAUUUUGAGAAAGGUUUUUAUGGAUGGCUCUGUAAUACUUUAGGUAUAUCUGAAUGUAGCCCUUAUGAAGUUGUCGUUUUAAUGGAUGUAAAGCAAUAAAAAAAUAUUGUAUACACAUUCGAAAUUCUAAAAUCAGAAUCUCAUAAUACAUAUUCAAUAUAAUGCAUUACUUAAACAAUUAUAUAAAGCAAUAUUUAUGAUUAUCAAGUCUUGAAUGUUGAGUAACAAUUUUAUACUAUAAAUAAGAAAGAAUAUUUGUUCUCUAUAAUCAAAUCUAGCUACAAAUAAUACUGCCAUCCUCAAAAAUGAAACAGAUAUAUUGACAUUAUCACAGCUUUUAUAAAUUAUAUUAAUUUUAAUAAUAUUAAUUCCUAUCGAAACAUUUCUAGUCAGAAAAGAUACUCAUUUUAUUAUUUUAAGGUAUUUCAUAAGUUUUAAACAUAGAUUUGAGAGGUUGAAGAUAACUGGAAGCGAUAUUAAAAAAAAAAAAGAGUGGAUGUAAUUUGAAGGGAUCAAAAUGGGCGGUAACAGGUUUUAUACAAUAUUUUGAAUUUGUAUUUUAUAUUUUAACCUAGGAUUAAGAUGUAUUUAAUGGAAAAACAAAUCUGAGUCUUCUUUUACUCAAAUGCUUCCAUUAUUUUUAUUUUAUAUCAAUAAUAUUAUUAUGUCUAAUGAGUCACAUAACAUUUUUGCCUAAAAUAUCAAAGUCCAUUAUCAUCUAAGUAUAUAUUAUAAACUACUGAUGGUAUAUAAUAGCCAUUAUUGUAAAACUAAUUUUAUUUUAAUGCAGAAUCUAUGAAAAUUUUAAUAACUUAUUUAAUCUGUUAUUUAGCACAAUCAACUUUUAUAAUAAUUGUAUGUUCAU